UGGAAAACGCGGUGAUAUUCCAUUCAAUUCCCAUUUCAACUGUCUGUAAGUGUGUUAAGUGUAAAAGCACUUUCUCCAAUUGGAAUCGCGGUGGUAACUUAACUUCCAACAACACUGACACUCAUCACACUCACAUUAAUUAAUUAAUUAAUCAAUCUAUAUUAGUAUUACUAUAAUAUUUCACUAUAAAAGUUGCUACCUUAAUCACAGGUCAAUUUGCUCUUUGUCGACACUUUGCAACUGUUGUUACACACUUUUAAGUUGGAAAACACACCACCUUAAAAUUCACACCGUCGGUUCCACUGUCUGUCUUACACACAUAACUAUAUCCAAAGAUCUCAUCACCCACUUCUUCUUUUAGUUAAAGCUUUUCCUUUUCUUAUACCCAAUUGGAUUCUCAUCUUAACCCAAUUAAUCAUUAAGUGAUUAAUCCUUCUUUGAAACAUAAUUCUGAUUUGAAUUAUUGGUGUUGGACGAUAAGUUGGGUUUUGGAUUGUGGAUUUGACUUUGAAUGUCUGGCGAAGCAAGAUCCUUUUAGUUCAUAACUGAACACUGAAAGUUGGAACUUGGAUCUGUAUUGUUUUCAAGUUUCAACUAAUGUCGAGGGGAAGAUCUGAUGGAUCACAAAAGAAGCGCAUAUUUGCUUCCAUCUUUGUCGUGGCAAUAGUUAUUGGUUUUCUGUAUGUGUAUGGUGGAUCCAUCUUUGGUUCUCAAAACAGUGGUUCAUCUGCACUAGAGUAUGGAAAAUCGUUGAAGAGACUUGGCUCGUCAUAUUUGGGUGCGGAUGAUGACAAUGAUGGCAAGCAAGAUGACUCUUCAUCAAGUUUCGGGCAGGGAGAUGUUGAGGACAAUAUUGUUCCAAAGAGUUUCCCUGUUUGUGAUGAUCGUCAUUCAGAGUUGAUUCCCUGCUUAGAUAGACACCUUAUCUAUCAACUGCGGAUGAAAUUGGACUUGUCUGUGAUGGAACACUAUGAGAGACAUUGUCCUCCUGCAGAAAGGCGCUACAAUUGCUUGAUUCCACCUCCAUCAGGAUACAAGGUCCCUGUUAAGUGGCCAAAAAGCAGAGAUGAGGUGUGGAGAGCAAAUAUCCCGCAUACUCACCUUGCACAUGAGAAAUCUGACCAGAACUGGAUGGUUGAAAAAGGUGAAAAAAUAGUGUUUCCUGGAGGCGGGACUCAUUUUCACUAUGGAGCUGAUAAGUACAUUGCAUCAAUGGCAAAUAUGCUUAACUUUUCGAACAAUAAUCUAAACAACGAAGGAAGAUUGCGGACAGUUCUUGAUGUUGGCUGUGGUGUUGCAAGUUUUGGAGGAUACCUUCUUUCUUCUGAUAUCAUUACAAUGUCCUUGGCACCAAAUGACGUGCAUCAAAAUCAAAUCCAAUUUGCCCUAGAAAGAGGAAUUCCUGCAUAUCUUGGUAUCUUGGGAACUAAGAGACUCCCUUACCCAAGCAGAUCUUUUGAACUUGCUCAUUGUUCUCGUUGUCGAAUUGAUUGGCUUCAGAGGGAUGGAAUACUACUUCUUGAACUAGACCGGUUGCUCAGGCCGGGAGGUUAUUUCGCAUACUCAUCUCCAGAAGCUUAUGCUCAGGAUGAAGAGAAUCUAAGGAUAUGGAAAGAAAUGAGUGAUCUUGUGGGGCGUAUGUGUUGGACAAUAGCUUCAAAAAGGAACCAAACUGUCAUCUGGCAAAAACCUUUGACAAAUGACUGCUAUAAAGAAAGAGAACCCGGUACUCGCCCUCCUCUUUGCCAGUCUGAUGCAGAUCCCGAUGCAGUUUGGGGAGUAAAUAUGGAAGCUUGCAUAACACCUUACAGUGACCAUGUCAACAAAGCUAAAGGUAGUGGCUUAGCUCCAUGGCCUGCAAGAUUGACUAGUCCUCCUCCUAGAUUAGCUGACUUCGGCUAUUCAAAUGAAAUGUUUGAAAAGGAUACGGAACUAUGGCGAGAGAGAGUUGAUAAAUACUGGAGUCUCAUGAGUAAAAAAAUCAAAUCAAACACGUUGAGGAAUAUUAUGGAUAUGAAAGCAAACAUGGGUUCAUUUGGAGCUGCUCUUAAAGAUAAAGAUGUUUGGGCGAUGAAUGUUGUAGCUCAGGAUGGACCAAACACACUAAAAAUUAUAUAUGACAGAGGCCUCAUAGGCGCCACUCAUGACUGGUGUGAAGCAUUUUCAACAUACCCUCGGACUUACGAUUUACUCCAUGCAUGGACCAUCUUGUCUGACGUUGCAAAGAAAGAUUGCAGUCCGGAGGAUCUAUUAAUUGAGAUGGACCGCAUAGUCAGGCCAACCGGUUUUAUAAUCUUCCGUGAUAAACAGCCAAUGAUUGAUUUUGUGAAGAAGUACCUAACUGCUUUGCAUUGGGAAGCAGUUGCAACUGCGGAUUCAAGUUCUGACUCUGUUCAGGAUGGUGAUGAAAUUGUUUUUAUCAUCCAAAAGAAAUUGUGGCUAACUACUGAAAGCUUCAGGGAUACUGAAUGAAUAUAGAACAAACAACCAUUGCAUAAUUUGCAUUUUCAUUUUGUUUAAUAUAUUAUCUUCUGCUGCAAGGGAAUCAAAGCACUUCCCAAGUGGUGAAGCUGUAAGCAACUUUACAUAAUGUUUUACUUUCAUAGUUUCAUUCUAUUUCCUUUUGAUUUUCAUUUUUGGGGUAAUGAUUCAACUUAUUAUUAAGACAAAAGGCAUCAAGCUUUUAUAGGCUAUUCAAAAUUUUGUUGCCUGCAUUUGGGUAUUAUGUAAGCUGGUUCAAUAAUCAAGGCAUAGUAGUUGACUAAAUGAUUAAAGUAUAGACAAAGGACUUAUAAUUUAUGUAAUGAUUAAUAUUUAUGUAAUGUAAUAGUUACAUAUUUGUGCA